AUGAAGUCAACAAUACUGUCCCAUAUGGUGUCACUCGGAAGCUAAGCUAACCGACAUGAAGCUUUGGUUUUUUUCUACCAUCGUACCACACGGCAUCCUACAACCCGGCCUACUUCGUCGAAGCUGUGCCUCCGUCGAAUAUACCAAUUAAAAUCUCGAGGACGAAUUGGGGGAGGCUAUAGAACUAUCAACUUGGCCAAGAUCAAUUUAUAAUAAAAGGGGGUUGCCCCAGAAAAGAGUAGACGGACGAAGCAACAAAAGCUCCAGCGCUCUUCUUCCCGCCCAAAGUUUCAGCGCAACAUCUCCAUUCUCCGUCUAUAAAACCUCAGACAGCAACAUGGCGCCCAAGUCGAAAAAGGCAGAGCCUGCGCAUGGUCCGCACGGCUAUGAAUUCGGAGGCCCAUUCGGCACCGCUGCGAUCACAUUCGGUCUCCCCAUACUCUGCUACGUCUUCACCUUCGCCUGUAACGACGUUACCGGAUGUCCUGCGCCGUCGCUACUGAGCCCCAAAACUCUAUCCAUUGAGCAACUGAAAACCGAAGUGGGAUGGCCAGAAGAUGGUUUCUGGGGUCUGGCAAGUUGGGAGGCUACAGGUUGGACCUUAGCAUACUACCUCUUCAGUGCCCUUUUAUAUCGCCUUCUUCCUGCUACCGAGGUUGAGGGUACUCAGCUAUCCAGUGGAGGAAGACUAAAGUACAGAUUCAAUGCUUUUAGCUCGGCCAUAUUCACCCUCGUUAUUUGCCUCGCCGGCACCAUUUCGCAAGGUGCCGAGUUUCCCCUUUGGACCUUCAUUACCGACAACUACUUACAAAUUCUCACCGCCAACAUCCUAAUCGCCUAUGCCCUGGCAACAUUUGUCUAUGUCCGUAGCUUCUCGGUGAAACCAGGCAACCCUGAGCACCGACUGCUGGCUGCAGGGGGAUGCUCUGGCAAUCUCAUCUACGAUUUCUACAUGGGACGAGAGCUCAACCCUCGUAUCACGCUCCCUAUUAUCGGCGAGAUCGACAUCAAGGAAUGGAUGGAGCUGCGUCCAGGCAUGCUCGGCUGGAUUCUCCUCAACUGUGCUUUUGUCGCCAAGCAAUACCGCACCUUCGGUUUCGUCAGCGACAGCAUCGUCUUUAUCACGAUUGUGCAGGCAGUCUAUGUUAUUGAUGGUAUAUUCAUGGAGCCUGCAAUUCUCACGACAAUCGACAUCAUCAAUGACGGCUUUGGCUUCAUGUUGUCCUUUGGAGAUCUCGUCUGGGUUCCUUUUGUCUACAGCCAGCAGACGCGAUACUUGUCUACCCAUCCAGUGAUCCUAGGUUGGCUAGGUACUACGGCAAUGUCUGUUAUCCUUUUAACUGGCUUCUCUAUCUUCCGUCUCAGCAAUGCCCAGAAGAACACUUUCCGAACCAACCCUAACGAUCCGCGCGUCGCUCAUAUCACAUACAUCGAAACUAAGACAGGCUCAAGGCUGAUGACAUCCGGCUGGUGGGGUAUUGCAAGACAUAUCAACUACUUUGGAGAUUGGCUGCAGUCUUGGCCAUACGCACUACCAACUGGCUUUGCUGGCUAUACAAUCCUAUCCGCAGGUAGCAAUGUCGAAGGAGCGAUCAAAAUGCUUGACGGAAGAGAAGUCGUACAGGGCCCAGCCAAAUACUGGGGUAUGAUCUUCACUUACUUUUAUGUCGUCUACUUUGCUGUCCUCCUCGUCCACCGUGACAGUCGAGACGAUGAGAAGUGUGCCAAGAAAUACGGGGCAGACUGGGAGAAGUACAAGAGUAUCGUGAAGUACAAGAUCGUGCCUGGAAUCUACUAAAUGGAAAAAGAAAGAGGAGAUGGGUAUAAUCCAGGUGUGGUGAGAAAAGUGUGAAUUACUACAAAGCUAGGUACCUAAUAAAAACAAGUACAGAUUAAUACGAUAGCACCAAAUAUACCAUAUGGAUGCUAGAAAUUCUCGAUGCUUCAAUGUUAGCUGGAACCAAUAACUACCUAUUACCUAUUAUAUGUCACGUUUAGUAUCCAUUUUAGCUACCGUCAACUGAUAACGCAACAUUAAUAAGUGCUAGAAAUAGAUAGUCACUUUAUA